AUGGUUCGAGACCUGUUGAGCAGCGAUGGCUCCGACAGCGAAGAUGCUGGAGCGGGAGUCCUGACCAGCGAUCUCAAAGUGAAUGAGGAUUUUGCCCGGCGAUUCGAACACAACAAGAAGAGGGAGGAACUUCAGAGACUCGAGGAAAAACUGGGCAAGUCCACCCGGAAACGCAAGCGAGAUGAGGGAGCGACCGACGACGAGUCCGAUUCCGACGAGUCCACAAGCGAGUCCGAAGAUGAGGGAGAAUUGGUGACAGAGGCCUUGGAUGCGGAAAUCAUGGCCACCAUAAACGCCAUCCGUUCCAAAGAUCCGCGUGUCUAUGAUGCCUCCGUCACAUUCUACACGGAAAAGGAGCAUGACACCUCUGCAAAGCCAAAGAAAGAAAAGCCCAUCCACCUUCAAGACUACCAUCGGCAAAAUUUGCUCGAGGGCACUGCAGCCGAGGAGCAGGAUGAUACAGUACCAAUGAGCUAUAAUCAAGAACAAGAGCACCUGAAAAGGUCCAUUGUCAGCGAAAUCAAUGCCGCCGCCGUGGAGUCGGAGAGUGAGGAUGAAGAUGAGAAUGGUGACUUUCUUGUAGCCAAGUCAAAGGAGAAGCCAGCCAAGCAGCAGGCGACAAUCGACGUCGAAAUCGCCGACAAAGACCCGGAGACGUUCUUGUCAAAUUUCAUGGUUUCAAGGGCUUGGGCUGCACCGACUGAUUCCAAUCUGCAUCCUUUCGAAUCCGAUGACGAUGAGGAAGAAAGAAGAGCCGACGAGUUCGAAGAAGCCUACAAUCUCAGAUUCGAAGAUCCCGAAAAGUCCAACGCAAAAUUGCUGUCGCACGCCAGAGAUCUGGCCGCCAAAUACUCGGUGAGGAGGGAGGAGGCCAACCCGAGACAGAAGAAGCGAGAAGCGGAAAAGGCGAGGAAGGAGGCAGAGAAGCAGCAACGCAAGGAAGAAAAGGCUCGCCUACGAAAGUUGAAGAUCGAGGAGCUAGAAGAAAAGGUGCGAAGGAUCAAGAAGGCGGCUGGUCUCAAAACCAAGGACAUCCAGCCAGAGGACUGGGCUCGCCUCGUCGAGGAGGACUGGGAUGAUGCCCAAUGGGAAGCGGAAAUGCAGAAGCGGUUCGGUGACGAAUAUUAUGCGCAAGAGGAGUCUGGAAGUGACGAAAAUGCGACCGAGACAGGGGGCAAAAGGAGAAAAGUCCGCAAGCCCAAGUUUGAUGACGAUAUCGACAUCAAGGACAUUGUGCCCGACUUCGAGGAUGAUGUCAAGGCAGAUCUCGACCUGUCCGGUGAGGAAGAGCCUACUCCGAAGAAGAGCAGCAAGAAGUUGAAGGAGGAGAAGAAGCGAGAUGCAAAGAAGGAGCGAACCAUCAUCGAAAAACUAGUGGACAGCCAACUUCAACUUGAGCUCGAAAGCUCGGUACCGCAGAAAGUGGGCUUCAGAUACCGCGAAACAUCACCCAAGAGCUUUGGUUUGACGGCCAGAGAUAUUCUCUUGGCCGACGACAAGCAGUUGAACGAGUUUGCUGGGUUGAAAAAGCUUGCUUCGUUUCGAGAUCCGGAAAAGAAGCGCAAGGAUCUCAAGCAUCUGGGGAAGAAAGCGAGAUUGAGGAAAUGGCGCCAGGAGACUUUCGGCAACGAGGAAGGCUUGCAGGACAGCGAGUUGGUCCCUGCACAGCCAGACGCGGAGCAGAAGGAUGAUGGCGAGGACGCCAAUGUGGACAUUCGAACCAAAGGGAAGAAGAAGCGCAGAAGAAAGAACAAGAAGGGACAUGCAGAGGGCGGUCCUGAGGCUUGA